AUGGCUGGCAAAACAUCUAUGUUUCUAAAUCUUAUGAUAACUACCUACGUGCAAAUGCUAACACAUCUGUGGAUCACUAAAUCACUUCAUCAUAAAUGUCCUCAUAGACUAAAAGCUCUAGUGCCAUGGGGACCAUAUGUGAUGUCAGAAUACUCAGCACAAUUCCAUCCACACUGUAUAGUACUAGAGAAUCCCAUCAAACCAUUCUCAAAUGAUUUAUUCGCUAGCAAUGAACCUGUCUCAGACAAAACUACUCAUAGAAGUGAUUAUGCAUCAUAUAAUGUUUAUGAACCACCGUAUGUACAUAAACCACUGUCGUAUAUACCACCGAAAGGAAAAAUGGAGGAUACAACAUCCUAUCGACGUGACUUUAUACCGAAGAAAUGUUCACUGGUAGAACCUAUCAAACCAAUAGAACAUAUUGGAUGUCUAGUGAAAUUUGAUGGAAGUUCAACUUAUAAAAGUGAUUACCGUACAUGGGAUAUAUCGCCAAUUACUCUAGUUAAACCAAACUAUGAAAAGGUUGAUAGUUUUAAACCUUUACAUUUACCAAAAGUAUACGAUGAACCAUUCAAAGGUGAUACAAUCUAUCGUACAGAAUAUGUAACACCACCACCACCAACGAAACCACAAACAUCACCAAAACCAAAAAUGAUAGCUAAAUCAACUGUACCGUUGGAUACAUUGACAACAUUUCGUAAAGAUUUUACACCCAAAGAAAUAUGUUUAAAUCCACCAUUUAAACCAAAUCAGAUGUUGAUUACCUCAAAAGAUCCACUAAGUGAAAUGACUACAAAUCGUAUCGACUAUAAAGAUUGGGGUUAUCAACCAACAGAACGUCGUAUAGCUCCAUCAUAUCAGCCUACGCAAGGAGAUCGAUAUCUUGAUAGUACAUACAGAAAAGACUUUCCUGAAAAACCAAUUUGUCCAGCAACUUUAGUCAAACCAUUUGAAGUCAAGAAAUGUUAUGCUAAAUUUGAUGGCACAACAAACUAUCGUAAUGAUUAUGUUCCAUGGAGUGUUAAAAAUGAACACGUUAAAGCACCGAUUAGUUGGACGCCACCAACUGCUCCCCUGGAUAGAGAUACAACGAAUAGAAGAGACUUUGUACCGUAUAAUUGUAUACAACCAGAGAAAUUAUUUAAACCAUCAAUGAAUAUAACAUUGAAUGGUUCAUUCAAUGAUCAAACAAACUAUCGUACAGACUAUGUGCUAAAAAAAUGUACCACUUGUCCAGCACAGUUUUUAAAUCAGGAAAAAAUUAGUCCAGAUGGAUAUAAAUUCAGUCGUUUUGACGAAGGUGGACAUCAAUUAUAUCAAUAUAUUGGAACAGGUAAAGUCACCUUACCACAGUUACAGGUAAAAUAA